CCUGCCUAUGCCCUAGUGUGGUGGGCAGUGUAAAUCGUGUGUCUUAUUCUCCACGAAGCGAAUCCACAACCAUCCGUCAAAAUGGUGAACUUCACCGUAGACCAGAUCCGUGCCAUCAUGGACAAGAAGUCCAAUAUCCGUAACAUGUCUGUGAUUGCGCACGUGGACCAUGGGAAGUCCACUUUGACGGACUCGCUGGUAUCGAAGGCUGGCAUCAUCGCCUCUGCCCGUGCUGGAGAGACCCGAUUCACCGACACCCGAAAGGAUGAGCAGGAGCGUUGUAUCACCAUCAAGUCCACUGCCAUCUCCAUGUACUAUGAGCUCAGUGACAACGAUUUGGCCUUCAUUAAGCAGUGCAAGGAUGGCUCCGGGUUCUUGAUCAACCUGAUUGACUCCCCCGGGCACGUGGAUUUCUCUUCUGAGGUCACAGCUGCUCUGCGUGUUACCGAUGGUGCUCUGGUGGUCGUGGACUGUGUGUCUGGUGUGUGCGUGCAGACGGAGACUGUGCUGAGGCAGGCCAUCGCUGAGAGGAUCAAGCCAGUCCUGAUGAUGAACAAGAUGGACCGUGCCCUGCUGGAGCUGCAGCUGGACCCUGAGGAGCUGUACCAGACCUUCCAGCGCAUUGUGGAGAAUGUCAACGUCAUCAUCUCCACCUAUGGAGAGGAUGAGAAUGGGCCAAUGGGCAACAUCAUGAUCGACCCAAUUGUGGGCACAGUAGGCUUUGGUUCUGGGCUGCAUGGAUGGGCAUUUACUCUGAAGCAAUUUGCUGAGAUGUACGUGGCCAAGUUUGCAGCCAAAGGUGAUGCUCAGCUGGGACCAGCUGAGCGCUGCAAGAAGGUGGAGGACAUGAUGAAGAAGCUGUGGGGAGACAGGUACUUUGACCCAGAUUCUGGGAAGUUCAGCAAGACUGCAAAUGGACCAGAUGGCAAGAAGCUCCCACGUACCUUUGCCCAGCUCAUCCUGGACCCCAUCUUCAAGGUGUUCAAUGCCAUCAUGAACUUCAAGAAGGAGGAGACGGCCAAGCUGAUUGAAAAGCUGGACAUCAAGCUGGACGCUGAGGACAGGGACAAGGAGGGCAAGCCCCUGCUGAAGGCAGUGAUGCGUCGCUGGCUGCCUGCUGGAGAGGCCCUGCUUCAGAUGAUUACCAUCCACCUGCCCUCCCCUGUCACUGCCCAGAAGUACCGCUGCGAGCUGCUGUAUGAGGGACCUGGAGAUGAUGAGGCUGCUAUGGGCAUCAAGAACUGUGACCCCAAAGCCCCCCUGAUGAUGUACAUCUCCAAGAUGGUGCCGACAUCAGAUAAGGGCCGUUUCUAUGCGUUUGGCCGUGUGUUCUCUGGCUGCGUCUCAACUGGCCUGAAGGUGCGCAUCAUGGGACCAAACUUUACCCCCGGCAAAAAGGAGGACCUCUACCUCAAACCCAUUCAGAGAACCAUUCUGAUGAUGGGUCGCUAUGUUGAGCCCAUCGAAGACGUGCCGUGUGGGAACAUCGUGGGUCUGGUUGGAGUUGACCAGUUCCUUGUCAAGACCGGGACCAUCACUACCUAUGAGCAGGCGCACAACAUGAGGGUGAUGAAGUUCAGCGUCAGCCCAGUUGUGAGGGUGGCUGUGGAGGCCAAGAACCCUGCUGACCUGCCCAAGCUGGUGGAAGGGCUGAAGCGUCUGGCCAAGUCAGACCCCAUGGUGCAGUGCAUCAUUGAGGAGUCCGGUGAGCACAUCAUUGCUGGAGCUGGAGAGUUGCACCUGGAGAUCUGCCUUAAGGACCUGGAGGAGGACCACGCUUGCAUUCCACUCAAGAAAUCCGACCCAGUGGUGUCUUACAGAGAGACUGUGAGUGAAGAGUCUGACCAGAUGUGCCUGUCCAAGUCCCCCAACAAGCACAACCGUCUGUUCAUGAAGGCCCGUCCCUUCCCUGACGGCCUGGCUGAAGACAUUGAGAAAGGAGACGUCACUGCCCGACAGGAGUUGAAGGCGCGUGCCCGCUACUUGGCCGAGAAGUACGAAUGGGAGGUGACAGAAGCUCGUAAGAUCUGGUGCUUUGGACCUGACGGAACCGGGCCCAAUGUUCUGGUGGACGUGACCAAAGGUGUGCAGUACCUGAAUGAGAUCAAGGACAGCGUGGUGGCUGGCUUCCAGUGGGCAACCAAGGAGGGUGCUCUCUGUGAGGAGAACAUGCGUGCUGUACGUUUCGAUAUCCACGACGUGACGCUGCACACAGACGCCAUCCAUCGUGGUGGUGGCCAGAUCAUCCCCACUGCUCGCAGAGUGUUGUACGCCUGCCAGCUUACGGCCAAGCCCAGACUCAUGGAGCCCGUCUACUUGGUUGAGAUCCAGUGCCCAGAACAGGUUGUGGGAGGCAUCUACGGUGUGCUGAACAGGAAACGUGGACAUGUGUUCGAGGAGUCCCAGGUGAUGGGAACCCCCAUGUUCGUCGUUAAGGCUUACCUGCCUGUCAACGAAUCAUUCGGCUUCACCGCUGACCUGCGUUCCAACACCGGCGGCCAGGCCUUCCCUCAGUGCGUGUUCGACCACUGGCAGAUCCUCCAGGGAGAUCCCCAUGACGCCACCUCAAGACCCUCCCAGGUCGUCGCAGAGACCCGCAAACGCAAGGGGCUGAAAGAGGGCAUACCUGCUCUGGACAACUACCUGGACAAAUUGUAAUGGUCACCCUUAAUCCCCUCUCCCAUUCAGUGGGUGAGGGAAAGGACUGUACAACACCACAAGCACUGUAACAUUUGCCAAAACAAAGUGUAGUUUUGAUCAGUUAAACAAUCUGAGAAAAAAAGCUGAAAUGACAAUAAAGGAAAAUAAAAAUUGA